AUGGGUACUUUGCAAAUUUUGAGUUAUCUUUUACAAAAGCAACCCUAUAACCCGAUUUUGUGGACGUUAUAUUCAACUUGUCGAUUUUUGCGUGCUUAUAAACCACCUUUACAGAAUAAGGAAAUUCGAAUUCAAGACUAUGUACUUAUUAAGGAUUUUUGGUUGAAGGGAAGUUUUGAGGAUAUUCGAGAUUUUAUUGCUAUUGAUGAUAAGGAAACAGAAUGUCCUCCUCGAAUGGCUGCUGUUUCGAUGAGUAUUUUUAACGAAGCUCUUACGGAACGCAAAAAAGUUGUGUAUUCUGUCCCGUGUGAAUGGUUACGACGAAUUGCUGUACGUGAUGGUUUUUUUGUUUUAUUCCCGUCUGAAUUUUGCUGUCGCGAAAUCCUAUAUCGUUCCAAUAUGCAAAUGAUCCGCUGUCAAUCGUUGCAUAUAGAACGGGAAUAUAUGGUGGAUGAAACAUAUUUUCAUAUCGGUUGCGGUCCAUGUAUUAAAAAGGGUGUGUCGAUAAUUGAAGUUUUUGCGGCAACAACAUUGUGUGUUGGACUUCGUAAGUUGCAGUUCUAUUUGGAAACAGGAUUAUAUGUGAAUGUUAGUGAAAUGGUGUGCGCAUUGGGGCGAAGUAUCGAACAACUAUAUUAUUAUACUGAAAAAAGGGUGAAGAAGAAGAAAGUGGAUGAGAAGAAUGAAGAGGCUGAGAUGGAAGUAGUAGAGUAUGAUUUAGAACUUUUAGGCGGUCUUUUUAUUCGAAAAUAUUUAGCACAUAUAUUAGUAUGUAUUAAAUGUCAUAGAUAUAUAACAGAUUUCUUAUCCCUGUUAGAUCAAUCUGUAGAACAUCACCCGUUUCCAGCACAUAGGGAAGUUGCUGCUGACGGUUAUAAUAAUUUCGGUAUACCUAUUUUACAUUAUGUACUUGAUGCUGAUUUUGAUGCGUUGAGAGGCAAAGCAUUUUACGGUGUGAUUAACAAUGAAUAUGACGCUUGUGAUGUAGUUGAUAAUUUUAUGUGUAAAUAUGUUAUAAAAAAAGAUGACGCAACCAAUUAUAAUAAAUAG